AUGGAUAUGGGACGAUAUGGCCGAGAUGCUAGCUACAGGUCGACAUGGAGGGUAUCAUCCGGCAAUCUCUGCUACGAUAAAGAGACAUUUUCGACGACGGACACUCAUCCGACGGAGAGACAUUGCGCCGAGGAGGGGAUUGCGACAGAAACCGGUGCGGGAACAACGGCCUCGAGACUCAGCAUGGCAGAUCUCAGACUGGCCCAGCUCUACAACAUGAGAACCAAUGCGGAGAUGAUUACUAACCUGGACCCAUUUGGUCCUCCUCUAAUUGCCGACAUAGAUACUGGAUACGGAGGCCCCCUUAUGGUGGCCAAAUCCAUCCAACAAUACAUCCAAGCCGGCGUAGCCGGGUUCCACAUCGAAGACCAAAUCCAAAACAAGCAAUGCGGCCAUCUCGCAGGCAAAAAGGUCGUCUCCUUGGACAAGUACCUCACGCGGGUCCGCGCCGCAAAGCAAACCAAGGACCGCCUCCGCUCGGAUAUCGUGCUGAUUGCCCGCACCGACGCGCUGCAGCAGCACGGCUACGACGAGUGCAUCCGGCGUCUCAAGGCGGCGCGCGACAUUGGCGCGGAUGUAGGAUUGCUGGAGGGAUUCACCUCGAAGGAGAUGGCGCGCCAGGCGGUCCAGGAUUUGGCCCCGUGGCCAUUGCUGCUCAACAUGGUUGAGAACGGGGCCGGUCCGGUGAUUACGACCAAGGAGGCCAAGGAGAUGGGGUUCCGGAUUAUGAUCUUCUCGUUUGCGUCGUUGGCGCCUGCGUAUCUGGGGAUCAAGGCUGCCUUGGAGCGGCUGAAGAACGAGGGAGUCACGGGCAUCCCUGAGGGGCUGGGGCCCAAGAAGCUGUUUGAGGUUUGUGGGUUGAUGGAUUCGAUGAGAAUCGACACAGAAGCGGGAGGCAAUGGGUUUACCAACGGCGUCUGA